CAUCAAAAAGCGCACGCGUUGCAUCUGUGACCGCAAGCAGCAGGACCACCGAGUGUUAAGUAGGCACAUGUGUGCAAACUUCGUACGAGCGUGUGUAUGUAUACGUAAUUAGCGGACUGCUGGCGAUCACACUACGCUGUACGAAGUGCUUGUUUAGUAAAUCUGACAUAAUAAAAAGAGUCUUCCGUGAUCUAUUGUCUAUCUACCCUAACCCCGGCUCAAAAUCUGUUUCAUUUUACUUAUCAUUAUAACACAAAUGGCUCGGAAAAAUCGCUCGAAAGUUUAUCUUGGUUACGAGGAUGAGUUUAUAACGGAAAAACAUCGUUCUCUAGUGAACUUUACUACUAACAAAAUCGGUGGCAAGCCGGAUCCUCAUGAAGAAUCAUCAGUGCCGACUCCACAAUGCAAACUCUGCGCUCUUAGACAAAUAUUAGCAAUGCAAAUGUAUGCUCCGUUGGAAAACUCUAUAUACCAUCGGACGAUAUACAUAUUUGCUUGUAUAAAUCCGAAUUGUUGGAACGAGAAUGAGAGCUGGACGUGUUUAAGAGUACAGUCACUCGAGCGCAAAACAAUAACAACAAAUACGUGUGCCGUGGACAAUUGUGGAGGGAGCUCUACAACCAGCUGGCUUUCCGAAGAGGAUGACUGGGGUGAAGAUACAACAAAUGAUAACGCGUCAGAAAAGAAUGGCAACAAUAUUAUGGGAAAAGCAGCGAUAGAUACAAGUGACGAUAGAAUUGAUGAAAGAGAUCUCGAUCGAGAAGUUUCCAAUCUUCGAUUGGAUGAUCCCAAUGCAAAUAGUCCAACGAGUAUAGAUCAUUCCCUGGGAGGGAUCGGCACCGGAGGUGGUGCGGUCGGUCGCCUCGACACGGCUCACGCCUCAGCCGAAAUAGAGGGCGAAGAAAGCGAAGUAGUUUGCAUCGACACUCCAACCCAACCUCAGUGUGAUUUGAUGGAUCUUCUUCGCGAAGUUACUCCAUUACCGUUGCAGCAUUCCGAACCGAAGAUUCGCGUUAAUCUCAGCUUUGCUGAGAUAUUCAUGAGCGUUGAAGAAGAAGAUCUUGGAAAUCGAGAUGUUUCUCAGCACGUACGAGAUUUGUUUCUCGAGUAUCAAUCGUCGAAUCCGGAUGUUCCUGUUUGCUCGGAAACGAACUUUGAUCACGACGUUCGAGAGGCUGAUGUCGACGCGAGUCAUGAGAAAUACGAAAAAAGCGUACCUGUACACGGCGACGAAAUGUUUCACUAUUUUCUCAGCCGUAUCCAAAAAAAUCCAGGCCAAAUUGUCAGAUAUUGUCGAGACAAUAAGGCAGCAUUACCAGUUUCUCCGUUCAACGAGAGUGUCGGAACAUGUCAACAUUGCGGUGCAGAAAGAAUUUUCGAGAUUCAAAUUCUUCCAACAAUAAUACCUAAGCUUCGUCUCCUUCCAAGCAACGGAUCAAAUUUUCAGAUUGAAUUUGGCACGAUUUUGGUUUUCACAUGCUCUCGAAGUUGUUGGUCACCACAUGAUCUUUACAAAGAAGAACACGUUGUCGUGCAGCCCGAAAGAUUAUAAUUAUCAACGAGUGGAGAAAUCAACAGGAAUAAUCAUUUGGGAUUUGCCAUGAGUAUUUAAUGAAGUUUGAUUCACAGAUUGCCGUCCAACGACAAACGAGCAGCAGCUAUUAUGACUAAAAAAAAAAUAAUUUUCUUUCCAAACAGCAUUCCGAGAAUGAAAAAGAGAGGCCAGAAAUAAUUUUGUCACGUUUUGUGACUCUUCCUUACUCAUAAAAUAAUUUUAGGGUACUCGCAUUUUGUGGUAACGCGUUGUAAUUUGUAGUAGAGAAGAAUCGUCGAAUCGUGCAUUUACUAAGAUUAUGAAAAUUUGCAUCCUUGCACUGCAAAGAUUUUUUAGGAAUUUUUUUAGCUAUAAUCUCUGGUUGACUACUUCAGACCUUUUCUGAAAACCAAAAAAAUUGACAAGCAAAAUUAUCGACAAUUGAAGAAAAGAGGAAGGAAUUGAACUGAAUAUGUUGCGUUCCAAUGAUGCAAAUCUUAACCAGUAUUUAUUAUAGUUUGUCUUUUUUUCAACUACAGUAAAUGUGAAGAUUGUUCCAACUCGUCGAAAUUGAUGAAUAUUCUUGAGAAUCAAACAUCUAGUCAAUAAGUGGAGGUGUAGCGAUCAAUUAAAACGAAUUAUAGAAAACAAGAAUGGAAUAAGUAUGUUGACUCACUAUUGAAAGGAUUGGCAGAAUGUUCCUAGAGUACUUAUUAUCGUUUGGUUUUCCAAGUUGGAAAAAUAAAGAUGGAUCGGUAGACUGAAGAACAAAAA